GCAUUUUUUUUUCCUCACUCGCCUCAAAGAGUCUACAUGUCUGGUGACAUCUAGACAUGUUCAGCUUUGUGGAUUUGCGGCUCGCGCUGCUGCUCGGUGCAGCGGUGCUCUUGGUCAGGGCGCAGGGCGAGGACGACCGCACGGGCGGAAGCUGCACCUUGAACGGACAGGUGUUUGCUGACCGGGACGUGUGGAAGCCGGAGCCAUGCCAGCUCUGUGUGUGCGACAAUGGCGCGGUAAUGUGCGAUGAGGUCAUCUGCGAGGACACAACUGACUGCCCCAACCCCUUCAUUCCCCACGACGAGUGCUGCCCAAUCUGCCCCAACGACGGCUUCCAGGAGCCCCAGGUUGAGGGACCCGUGGGAGAACGGGGACCCAAGGGAGAAAGGGGUCCUGCUGGUCCUGCUGGUAGGGAUGGUAAGCCCGGCCUGCCUGGUAGGCCCGGUCUUCCCGGCCCCCCUGGACCCCCUGGCCUCGGUGGAAACUUCUCCCCUCAGAUGUCUGGUGGUUACGAGGAUAAAUCUCCUAACAUUGGUGUGCCUGGACCAAUGGGCCCAAUGGGAUCCCGUGGAGCACCCGGACCUCCCGGUGUUAGUGGACCUCAGGGAUUCAAUGGCCCUCCUGGUGAGCCUGGAGAGGCCGGACCUGCUGGUGCCAUGGGUCCUCGUGGUACCCCCGGCCCACCUGGAAAGAACGGAGAGGAUGGCGAGUCUGGUAAACCUGGUCGUGGUGGUGAGCGCGGACCUUCCGGCCCACAGGGAGCUCGUGGUUUCCCAGGAACACCUGGUCUGCCCGGCAUCAAGGGACACAGAGGAUUCAGUGGUCUGGAUGGUGCUAAGGGAGACACUGGCCCCUCGGGUCCUAAGGGAGAGACUGGAGCCGCGGGUGAGAAUGGAACUCCUGGUGCUAUGGGACCUCGUGGUUUGCCCGGCGAGAGAGGCCGCAAUGGUGCUACUGGAGCUGCUGGAGCUCGUGGUAACGAUGGUGCUGCUGGUGCUGCCGGACCUCCCGGACCCACUGGUCCCGCUGGACCUGCCGGAUUCCCUGGUGGCCCUGGAUCCAAGGGUGAUGCUGGACCUCAGGGUGCUCGUGGGUCCGAAGGCCCUGCUGGAUCCCGAGGCGAGCCCGGUAACCCCGGACCUGCUGGCCCCGCAGGACCCUCUGGAAACCCCGGAACUGAUGGAAGUGCUGGAGCUAAGGGAACCCCUGGUGCUGCUGGAAUUGCCGGAGCUCCUGGUUUCCCUGGACCACGUGGACCCCCAGGACCUCAGGGUGCUGCCGGUGCCCCCGGUUCCAAGGGUAACACUGGAGACCUCGGUGCCCCAGGAGCCAAGGGAGAGGCCGGUGCCAAGGGAGAGGCUGGCGCUGCAGGAGUUCAAGGAGCCCCCGGACCAUCCGGUGAGGAAGGCAAGAGAGGAUCCAGAGGAGAGCCUGGAGCUGCAGGAGCCCGUGGAGCUCCUGGAGAACGAGGUGCCCCUGGUGGUCGUGGAUUCCCUGGUUCUGAUGGCCCUGCUGGACUCAAAGGUGCCAAUGGCGAGCGUGGUGCCCCCGGUGCUGUUGGACCUAAAGGUUCAACCGGCGAGUCUGGCCGCAAUGGUGAGCCUGGUUUGCAAGGAGCCAAGGGUAUGACUGGUAGCCCUGGCAGCCCUGGACCUGAUGGCAAGUUGGGACCUGCUGGAGCAACUGGACAAGAUGGCCGCCCCGGACCCCCUGGCGCCGUUGGAGCUAGAGGCCAGCCUGGAGUCAUGGGAUUCCCCGGACCCAAGGGUGCUGCUGGUGAAGGUGGGAAGCCUGGCGAGAGAGGAGCAAUGGGACCCACUGGUGCAACUGGUGCCCCUGGAAAGGACGGUGAUGUUGGUGCUCCAGGACCCUCUGGACCUGCUGGUCCUUCUGGUGAGAGAGGAGAACAGGGACCUGGCGGAGCUCCCGGAUUCCAAGGUCUCCCAGGACCCCAGGGUGCUGUUGGUGAGAGUGGCAAGUCCGGAGAGCAGGGUGUGCCCGGUGAAGCUGGAGCCCCAGGACCUGCUGGAAAUAGAGGUGACAGAGGAUUCCCCGGUGAGCGUGGUGCACCUGGUGCUGUUGGGCCUUCUGGUGCUCGUGGAUCCGUUGGAUCUCCUGGAAAUGAGGGUGCCAAGGGAGAUUCUGGAGCCCCCGGUGCUUCCGGAGCCCAGGGUCCUCCUGGACUGCAGGGAAUGCCUGGUGAGCGUGGAGCCGCUGGCCUUCCAGGACUGAGGGGAGACCGAGGUGAGCAAGGAGGCAAAGGUGUUGAUGGAGCUCCUGGUAAGGAUGGCCCCCGUGGUUUGACUGGACCAAUUGGACUGCCCGGACCCGCUGGUGCCACCGGAGACAAGGGAGAGUCUGGCCCUGUCGGAGUUCCUGGACCUGCUGGACCUCGCGGAGGAUCUGGUGAGCGUGGAGAGUCUGGACCACCUGGACCUGCUGGAUUUGCUGGUCCUCCUGGUGCUGAUGGACAGCCCGGUGCUAAGGGAGAGGCCGGAGAUAAUGGCGCUAAGGGAGAUGCAGGUCCACCCGGUGCUUCUGGACCAACUGGUGGCCCUGGACCUCAGGGUCCCACUGGUAACUCUGGCACUAAGGGAGCCCGCGGAGCCGCUGGUCCUCCUGGUGCUACUGGCUUCCCUGGUGCUGCUGGCAGAGUCGGACCUCCUGGCCCCUCUGGCAACUCCGGACCUCCUGGACCCUCUGGACCAUCUGGCAAAGAGGGACCCAAAGGAAACCGUGGUGAGACUGGACCCGCUGGUCGCCCUGGCGAGAUGGGUGCUGCUGGAGCACCAGGAGCUCCUGGAGAGAAGGGCUCCGCUGGUAGCGACGGGCCUGCCGGACUUACUGGUGAGCCUGGAAGUAAAGGUGUAAAUGGACAGCGCGGUAUUGUUGGUCUGCCUGGACAGAGAGGCGAGAGAGGUUUCUCUGGAAUGCCCGGACCUGCCGGAGAAACUGGAAAGCCUGGACCUUCUGGCCCCAGUGGUGAGCGUGGACCUUCCGGACCCACGGGUCCCACUGGACAGCCUGGACCCGCUGGUGAGCCUGGACGUGAGGGAAGCCCCGGAAACGAGGGAUCAGCUGGUCGCGAUGGAGCUGCUGGACCCAAGGGAGACCGCGGUGAGAGCGGACAAUCUGGAGCCACUGGUGCCCCUGGGCCCUCUGGUGCACCCGGACCCGUUGGACCCGCUGGAAAGAACGGUGAACGUGGAGAGGCUGGACCUAGUGGCCCCGCUGGCUCCGCUGGCCCCGCUGGACCUCGUGGCCCUACUGGAGCUGUCGGACUUCGUGGAGACAAGGGAGAAACUGGAGAGGCUGGAGAGAGAGGCAUGAAGGGACACAGAGGAUUCACUGGCAUGCAGGGACCUCCUGGACAAGCCGGAUCUUCUGGAGAGCAAGGACCUGCUGGUUCUGCUGGACCUGCUGGACCUAGAGGCCCAUCUGGAUCUGCUGGAUCUGCUGGUAAGGACGGUAUGACUGGCCUGCCUGGACCCACUGGACCUCCUGGACCUCGUGGACGUUCUGGAGAGAUGGGACCUGCUGGUCCUCCAGGACCUCCUGGACCUCCCGGAGCACCAGGUGCCCCUGGUGGCGGAUUUGACCUCGGAUUCAUUUCCCAGCCUCAGGAGAAGGCCCCCGAUCCGUUCCGUAUGUUCCGCGCUGAUGACGCUAAUGUUCUCCGUGACCGCGACCUUGAGGUGGAUGGAACCCUGAAGAGCCUGAGCCAGCAGAUCGAGCAGAUCCGCAGCCCCGACGGAACCCGCAAGAACCCCGCCAGAACCUGCCGCGACCUCAAGAUGUGCAACCCUGACUGGAAGAGCGGCGAGUACUGGAUCGACCCUGACCAGGGCUGCCCUCUUGAUGCCAUCAAAGUUUACUGCAACAUGGAGACUGGAGAGACCUGUGUAACCCCAACUCAGCCUGAGGUUGCCAAGAAGAACUGGUACAUGAGCAAGAACAUCAAGGAGAAGAAGCACGUCUGGUUCGGAGAGGCAAUGAACGACGGCUUCCAGUUUGAGUACGGAAGCGAGGGUUCCAAGCCACAGGAUGUCAACAUCCAGCUGACCUUCCUGCGUCUCAUGUCCACUGAGGCAACUCAGAACAUCACCUACCACUGCAAGAACAGCGUCGCCUACAUGGACGCAACCGUCGGCAACCUCAAGAAGGCCAUGCUCCUCCAGGGCUCCAACGAGAUUGAGAUCAGAGCCGAGGGCAACAGCCGCUUUACCUACAGCGUCCUGGAAGAUGGAUGCACGUCACACACCGGUACAUGGGGCAAGACAGUCAUUGACUACAAGACAUCGAAAACAUCUCGCCUGCCCAUCAUUGAUAUCGCUCCUAUGGACGUUGGUGCUCCAGAUCAAGAGUUUGGCCUUGAAGUUGGACCCGUCUGUUUCUUGUAAAAAGAGAAAUCUGGACUUGAAAUUGUUGUUGUGUGCGUGUGUAUGUUUCAUUUUUUCUAGCAGUCAUCUCUCUCUAAAAAAGCCCACCAAAACAUUUCUCUAAUGCAAUUUUUCUGAAAAAUCUAACCCCUCGCUCCUGAUUCUACAAAUUUCCAUUCGGCCAUUGUUCCGAUGGUCCACUUUGCCUAAAACCUGCACUUCAACAAGAUGGCAGCGAUGCGGCCAUCUGCUUCGUCGCGUUUGGGACCACUACUUUUUUUUUUUUGUUUCUGACUCUUGGUUUUGUUUUUUUUUGUUUUUUUUUUACCAUCGCCAACACCAAGGAUCCUGCAGAGAAGACAUUUUGUUUCACUGGCAACAAGAAAAUAAUAUAUGCUUCUGUAAAGUGUAAAGAAAUUGACUUCCCCUCUUCAUCCAGCCAUACCAGGCUUCUCUGGAGUUAACAGAAACACACAGGUGACUUUUGUAUUUUUUAUACACCACUGUGGCGAGAGGAAUGAAAGGACAGUCCCCAACAGACAGAACCCAAUUGCUUUGUACCACGUUUCAGGUGAUGACGAAUAAACGGUGAAACUGACAGCCAUUUUUGUCUCUGUUGUUCUGCCCCCCUGCCCCCACUACCAAGUCAACCUGCCACAGACAACACUGACAACUCCCCCUUCCUCAUCCGCUGAUUUUGUGGCUGUGGUCAUUUGUUUGUUGUUGUGGUUGCUUUCUUGUUUGUUUCCUUUCUAUUUCUCCCUUUUUUUUUUAAAGAAAAGUCACAUUAAAACCACAAGCAGAGAAACAUGGGUUGCAACCUUUUUUUUGAGAGAAAAAAAAUAUUCUAUGGCUACCUCAGAAAAGCAACGAAAAUCAGCUGUACCCAAUAAGGGUGGCCCAGUGUCUGUGAAGUGAAGCCUGCGGUAGUUUUGGCUCUCGUUGCGGUGGUCGACUUUUACCAACACUUUAGCAGAAGCGGAAACAGCUCAAACUUAAGGUGCUAUACUUUGUUUGAGGUCUCCUGGCUGUCCAGUAUGGCUAUACUGUUGUGUAGUGUUACGGUCUCUCUGGCGUGGCAGGGACCUCUUGGUGCUAAAACGUAACCACCGUAUUGUUUUAUUCUUGGCGCCCAGAAUGAGACAGACUUCUUCUCUCUUUUUCAGCCGUGGUCGCGCUGAUGCUCAAACCUCCAGGUUUGAGUUCAAAGUGAAGAGCGUAUCCGCAUUUCCUCCUCUCAUACUUUUUGGCUUCAUGUUUUUAAACCCCCACCUCUUCUGUCCUCCAAAAAAUCCUCCCCCAAACCCCAUAGACACAUCUGUUGUAGUUUGUUUCUUGUUUUCUUAUGCGAAGGGUGAUUUUUCUCAACAAAACAAAUUGCAUAUUCAUUUUAUUUUUUUCAAACAAUGCACAGAAAGAGAGGCAUCAGAAAGGAGUUUGUGAGGCAAUGCAGACAGACACACCCAUGGGGGGAAAACACCACAAGAAUCUGUACCUAUUUUGUAUAUGUAUAAUAAAUUGAGAUGUUUUUAAUUAUUUUGAAUGCUGAAAUAAAGCAUGUUAAGUGGUCUGA